CAGAUUGUGGGACAUGGGUACACUUUCCUGGGCACGCUCUGUCGCCCAGGUAGUCCGGAGCAACCGCAGAAAGUCAAAUCUGCAGUGAUUUUGUUGUACAUCAUGGAGGUGAAUGACACUGUAGACAUCUUGAGCUCCGCCUACCUUGCUGUAGAAUAUGUGGAUGCAAUGUUGCCAGAAAACCCAUUUCAGCCAUCAAUAAAACACGCCUGGAACUACAUGCUGGACAACUACACAAAGUUCCAAAUCGCCACAUGGGGGUCCCUCAUUGUCCACGAGUUUGUUUAUUUCCUCUUUUGCCUGCCUGGAUUCCUUUUCCAGUUCAUACCCUUUAUGCAGAAGUACAAGAUCCAAAAGGACAAACCAGAGACGUGGGAGAAGCAGUGGAGAUGUUUCAAAAUGUUGCUCUUCAACCAUUUCUGCAUCCAGCUGCCUUUGAUUUGUGGGACAUACUACUUCACUGAAUACUACAACAUUCCCUAUGACUGGGACUCCAUGCCACGCUGGCCGUACCUCCUGGCUCAGUGCUUAGGUUGUGCUGUUGUUGAAGACACCUGGCACUACUUUCUCCACCGUCUGCUACACCACCGCAGGAUCUACAGAUAUAUCCAUAAGGUUCACCACGAAUUCACUGCUCCGUUUGGGAUGCAAGCAGAAUACGCCCACCCCGCUGAGACCAUCAUCCUGGGCGCUGGCUUCUUCAUCGCUAUUCUGAUCUUCUGUAACCAUGUUUUCUUCCUGUGGGCCUGGGUGUCCUUCCGUCUGCUAGAGACCGUUGAUGUCCACAGCGGUUACGACAUACCCCUGAACCCACUCCACCUGAUCCCAUUCUACGCUGGCUCCCGCUUUCAUGACUUCCACCACCUGAACUUUGUUGGGAACUAUGCUUCCACCUUCACCUGGUGGGACAAGCUGCUGCAAACGGACAGUCAGUACAAGAAAUUCAUGAUAACACAGGAAGUGAAGAAGGAGCAGUGAAACAUACGUGUCAUACCAGUGCACAACAAGCACUUAAACUCACCCAAUGUUUUACUUCACGCUACACCAAAGUAAUGCUACAAUGUCUGG